AUGGAACAAGAACUCGGCGACGACUACAUCAGACGUCUGGCAAAUUUCGUGCGCACCAACGAGAAGAAUCUUGCAGAGGCAGGCCUCGUCCGUCGCCGUCGCUCGCUGCAGCGGCCAGUCCCCGAUGCCUCUGCAGCAUCCUAUCUCAACCCCCUAGGCUGGUUCAGUGCCCCCGCCUCCCCAAAUGUUCCCAACCCGGUCGUUCUCCAGGUCGACACACACCACCUCUUCUACAUUCUCAUGCGUCUUGAAGGAGUUGGUCUCGACAUCGGAACUUUGGACGUAGAGGUCGAAAACCCGUCUAGGCCGACAAGCUAUAUCAAUAUACUGCCUAGUAAAGACAAUUCCGACGCCUUGUCUUUGGCAUCGUUUCGUUCUUCACUAUCUGCCAUGUCCACAUUGUCAUUGGGUAGCGGCUGGUGGGGUCGCACGGAGGUGGCCCCGAUUGAGGCUGAACUCAAGUACCUAUUCAGCAGCUUCACCAAGCUUCCGGCAUUGCAUGUCACUGCUCCUGGAAAGAAACUCAUCACAGAGCUAGCAAACGAGUCUCCCAACCGCAACGCCCUACCGAUGGACGUAUUCCGAAACAUUCAGAGCCUAGAAUGCGUUGACAUCGACCCAAGAAUGCUGCUGGGGUGGGACCGCCUGGCUGAAAGCCUGAGAAGUCUGAAGAUCAAGAAGAGCGGGGUAGAGGACAUGGCGGACAUCUUUCUUGGUGCGGUAAUUGACGAUCAGGCGCGGCGAGAAGGAAGCACCAGCCGCCAGCGACGGCGCAGGAUACCUCGUGGCUUGGGGAAGGAAGCUUCGCUCUACACCACACGUCUGCCUGAUUCCGUUCCAGAAGACAUAGAUGGAGAACUGGAAAGCACAUCAGAGACGGCAGCUUCUCCCCCCUCGCCUCCCCCUUCCACCAAACUCUCGUCUCUUCAAUGGGCGUUCCUCAAAUACCUCUGCCUCGCGGACAAUGCUCUCACAUUUUUCCCAAUCGAGUCUAUACCAUAUCUCACAUCUCUCACGCACCUCGAUCUUUCCUCAAAUCUCCUCGUAUCUGUUCCAUCUGGCCUGGGAGCAUUAUACAACCUCAUAUUUCUCGAUCUAUCCGACAAUAUGAUUGACUCUGUUCUUGGAAUAUACACUACCCUUGGCCAAGUUUUACGCAUUAACCUCUCCAGCAAUCGUCUCGAAACUAUAUGCGGCCUCGAACGCCUGCAUGCUCUGGAGCACGUAGACCUGCGAAACAACCGCAUUGAGGACGUAGAUGAAGUCAGCCGCCUAGCAACCCUGCCUAAUAUUGCACAGGUAUGGGUCGAAGGCAAUUCGUUUACGGAGAUUGUGGAGGAUUAUCGAGUAAAAUGCUUUGACUACUUCUGGAAGGAGGGCAAGAGCAUCCUGUUGGACGGGACGCCUCCCACCUUCUACGAGAAGCGCAACUUGACCUCUCCCCCACCAGCGCAGAUGACUUCCUCCAGGUCAGCCCCCGCAGCCCCAUCACCUUCGGUUGUUGCCAUUGCGCAUACCCACGAACGCGCCGUCCCCUCGCCUCCUCCUAAUGCAUCGAAUAAGAGCACACCACCGACUUCCAGCCACGCCUCUCCGCUUCUCGCCCCUGUAGGUGCCGGCGUAGGUCGGCCUCGCAAAAAGAAGGUGAAGAGGAUAGUCGAUCUCGAUCAUGACCACAAUAGCGACGCUGGUUCAUCGCGAAGUCCAUCACACUCGCGGAUGCGCUCAGAGGGUUCCACCAAGGCAGGAGCUAGUAUGAGAAUCCGUGAGCACGGAGCGAAGAAGGUCGAGGACGCGGACGCGAUUGCGACACGUAGCAUCCUAGCAACCCCAGACCACCUGACUGCUGGAGGGGGGGUUGUUUUGUCGUCGUCACCUCUCGCGGCAGGCCCUCUGUCGGCGUCGCCAGAGGGCGCGCCUCAACCUCUUCCCCAGGAGAGACCUCCAUCUCCCAUGUAUUCCAACGGUCGCAUAAGAACGCGACACAGCCGAUACCGGACCGAGUACACGCCCAAUUCGCCCCCAAUAGAACCUGCUUUCGAGGCUGCAAGCUCUACAUCGCCAGCCGCUGCCCUGGUAGACGAUCUUUCGUCCCGGAUGUCUCCGCCAACCUUCAGGCGCAACCCCACCUCCUCCGCAACAGUCGCUAGUAGGUCUUCUCUGCGAAGGGCGCGCGUCAGUGCCUCCGUGUACGAACCUGGGCCUUCGGCCGAGCAGGACCUGAGCAAGCCCAGCGCAGAUCAGUUCCGGUAUGACGCCGAAGCUUACAGGAAGCGUAUCGAGGCGCUGAAGAAGGACAUGGGCGAUGCAUGGCUGAAGGUUUAUAGUCAACGGAUAUAG